GCGGAGCGGGGCUGCGCGGCAUGGCGGGCGGCGCGGCGCGGCUGCUCCUGUCCGCGCUGCUGGCAGCGCUGCCGGCCGCUCCCGCCGAGCCGCAGCUGCGCUUCAGGCCGCCGGCCGAGGCCCCCGUGAGGCUCUUCACCGAGCCCGAGCUGGCCAGAUACGACGGGCAGCAGGAAGGACAGCCCAUCUACCUGGCGGUGAAGGGAGUAGUAUUUGAUGUUACCUCUGGAAAAGAAUUUUAUGGAAAAGGAGCCCCAUACAAUGCUUUGGUUGGAAAAGACUCAACAAGAGGAGUUGCAAAGAUGUCUCUGGAUCCAGCAGAUCUUACACAUGACACAACAGGACUCACAGAAGAGGAACUGAAGUCCCUGGAUGAUAUCUUCAAUAAUGUUUAUAAGGCCAAAUAUCCAAUUGUUGGCUAUACUUCUCGACGAAUUCUGAAUGAGGAUGGCAGCCCCAACCUAGACUUUAAACCUGAAGAUCAGCCACAUUUCAACAUUAAAGAUGAGUUUUGAGGAACAUUUUUGUACCUACAGAAUGCCUGGGGAGAGGCACAGUAGAAUAUUAGAUUGAUUCUAUGUUCUGUAGUUCAUUACAACAAUUAGCUAUCACAAGCCCGUUUUCUGUUCAGAAAAUAUGUAUGUGUGUGCAGGCAUAGUUUAGAGGAAACAAACAGAUCUGUAGCAGUGUCAUAUACUUGGGCUGUUUGCUGUGAAAUAUGGGAAUUGUUUAACAGGCAAAUUCUUUCUGCUUGGACUUCUCUGUUUACAAGUGUGUAAUGUAAAAUUUUAUUCCUUAGAAGAGAGAAGGAAGGUUUUAAUAAUUGAAACAUGACCAGUCGUUUUGUAAAUCCCAAAUUGUUUCUUACUCCUUGGAAAAGUGUGAAUGCAUUAUCUAGACAAGCUAAAGUCAAUUCUCUGUGCUUCAUGUCAGGGUAGGUAUCACAAGUACAAAGAGGUGCAAUAGAGGCUUACAUUUUAAAAAGCAUUGUGGGGUUUAAUAUUUGAUAGGUUUGAGAAUACUGGAUAAAAAGCAACUCGGUCUCUUAAAAUGCAGUUACUGUAGAGUAUUUCUGCAAAGCCUACAGGUGUAAACCAAGAAAAAUAAAUCUUAUUUUCCCCAUGAGAACUACUGUGACAUUUUAAAUAUGACUAUUAUGUUAUUUUUGGAUAAAUGACACUUUAAUUUUUAAAAAUAAUUAUCAAAGAUGUCAUCUAUAUUAGAUUAUGAUUAUUUCCUUCUAGCUCCCUCCACUCUUUCUCUGACAAAAAAAGGAAAUGAUAGCCCACUGUUUACCUCAUACUCUUACAGCACAAGUUUAUUAUAGCAGUUUAGUGUCCUGUGGAUAUUGUUAGCAUCUUUAUAUUGACAAUUUUAGCAAUUUCAGCUCUGAUUUUUUGUGUCUCUUAGUUUUUCUUUGUUCUUACUCUGGCUUCAUCAUUGCUGUUCUAAUGAAUCGUGCAGUCCCAUGUUCCUCUUCCAUUUAACCUAAUAUGAAACUGCAGAUCCUGUAGGGUGAAAGCAGACCCCAUUUAUUGUCUUUCCUCGGAAAGACAAAACCACAUUUAUUGUGUUUCCUUGGCAGUCUUUCAGCAACAAGAGGACCAUGAAAGCCUGUGCUAUAUAAAUUGCUGCUAACCACUGACUUCCACUAACUUAAGAGGAACGUGAAUUGUCAUGAAUGUGGAUUUAUCUGCCACUGUGACAGUUUGAAUUGAUAUGGGAGAAACUAAGCAGCUGCUCUAACUAUAGAAUAUUAUUCUAUAUUAAUAAUACAAAAAUAAUAAAAAUACAAUUAUAUAUUUUUGUUCUCUUUCUUUAGCAUUUUGGCCAUUUUCUCUGAAGGGAAAAUUUUAUUAGGUGAUUCUCCACUUUCUAGUUUCCAGGGGACAGCUGCCUGUCAGUUGAAUAACUAGAAAAGCUGUUUCUAUGCAUUGUCCAUCCUUUUACAGUGUUGCUGAUUUUAUUCUAAACUUGUUUUGUAGUUUAGACCACUUCAUUUGCAGGAGGGACUCCAUGGGCCCCCCUGCUGUUGGAUGGUGCUCUGGGUAGAAUAAAUAAAUUGGCAUCUCAGAGAUUAUUGAUUCAGAUUAUUGCUUUUGUAUUAUUAUUUAUUAUUAUUACUGCUGACCUUUUGAUUAGAUACCAACAGCAGUUGGGAGUUUGCUCCUUGGUAAUACCUGCCAUCUUUAUAGGAAUGCAUGUGGGUUUAGUGGUAAUGGUGGGUGGUUGGUUGCCAGCAUUUCACAAAUAAUUUUCUCUUUCUCUUCCCUUCCUUGCAUGCUUUUUUAUGGGGCAGCUUCAGUAGUUGUGCUACUAUGAUUAUUGUAAGAGUUUUUGCUUCAUCUGGAACCGUCAUAUCCGGCUGCAUUUCAAAAAUGUUGUAGCUGAUUGCAGCUCAUCACCACUGAGUGCCUUAGUGUUACUGUUCUCUCCCCGCUUUCCCUGUUCUCACUAUGAAGGUCACCUUUGCUGAUCUCAAAGCAGAUAUCUCAGCUUCUAUUUGUACUAAAUUUCAGGUUCUUUUCAGUGAAGAAAUGCUCCUGUUGCAACAGGAAAUGGUGAUACAAACCCCCUCUUGUAAUGCAAGAUCCUUGCGAAUCCAACCUGCCCCCACUCGUGUUUGUGAGGGAGAUGCUUUAGUCCGUCCAUUCUGUUAUUAAAGACAAGAUUAUCACAA